AUGGACAGAGGAAGAAGGAACGAGGAGGAGGAGAUAGAAAGAGGAGAAACAGAACCAGGAGCUAUAGAAGAGGGAACACAGGUGAGGCAUCUUGGUUGGGGGUUCAUCGAUCAAAUAGAACUUCCAGAAAACCUAGAUCCCGCAUUUCCAACCAACCCUACUGAUCUGCCAGCCGCCUGUGCUGUACUGGUAAAUGUGAUCACCUCAGAGACGUCCUCCUAUCGAUUCAGACUGUUCUUGCCCAUUACCACCUGUAACGAAUGCUAUCUAACAGUCGACGACGGCGGAUUUUCGGGCGUCAUCAACUGGCUUGACGUGGGUGCUGGCGUGCGCUACGGCUUCGCAGUCGCAUCCACCGACAUGGGACACAACUCAACCAUGACUAACAUUACCUGGGCUCUGGGACAGCCUGAAAAACAGCUCGACUUUGGUUUCCGUGCGACCCAUGGCACCAUUGUCAUCGUCAAGCGACCUACUGAGACUUUUGAUGCAUCCAAGAUCAAGUAUCCUUACUACUCCGGCUGUUCGACAGGUGGACGCCAGGGCCUCAAAGAUGCGCAGCUCUUCCCGGAUGAUUUUGACGGCCUGCUCAUCGGAGCUCCGGGAUAG